AUGGCGACCAUAGUGGAUGAGAUGGGAAUCUCUGGAUUGACUUCGAGAUACGGACUCAACCAGGGGGUACAAGGCCCUUUGGCUCCGGAUCAGUGGCAGCUCGACGUUCAGCACUGGUUUACCAUUUGGUUAGCCACCCUGCAAGGGUCACUCGUGAUGCAAGCUACGGGGCCAUCAAAUCCAGAUGUCAUGCCUUGGGUGCAAACUCCGCGAGAUGAGACGGAAAAGCAUUUUUGCCAAAGCCAAAAAAUGGUCUCGACCGCAUAUACCAACUUCAACACCUUCGGUCUCUGUCUCACCUUCGUCGUCGGCACCACCAUCAUCGUUCUCUCGCACACAAUCGAACCCCUCGCCAGCUGCAUCCAAAAGCGCCGCAGACUGGACACUUACUCUCGUCCCGAGUGGUCUCUAAACGAAACGUUGCAGCUCCAACGCCUUGCACAUGAAGAACUUGGUGUUGGCACCUGGCACAAUAGCGCGGAGACGAUUCCAUUCACCGACAGUGGUGAACGGCUAGCCACGGUGGAUCUUACAGAUCCCGAUCAUCUGAGGCUCAAGGCGCCGCCUCCACAUUUCGAGAAGCUACUGGCACGUGGCGAUGAUAAUGGGAAUGACAAGCCGCCCUCUGAGUGGGAAACGGGCGAUUAA